AUGUCUUUCUACGCCGCUCCGAACCAGCAGCGCUAUUUGCGCGCAUGCAUGGUCUGCUCUAUUGUUCAGUCGCACACAAAAUUCCAGCGCGAUGGCUGUCCAAACUGCGAAACUAGCCUGCAACUCCGUGGAAAUCUCGAUGCAAUUCAAGAAUGUACAUCCCAGGUCUUCGAGGGCUUGAUCUCGGUCCGCGAUCCUUCCGUCAGCUGGGUGGCCCGCUGGCAGCGACUGGAUAACUAUGUGCCGGGAACAUAUGCGACCAAAGUGACGGGUGUUCUUCCAGAUUAUAUUAUCGGUACUUUGGAGGAUUCAGGCGUCAAAUAUGUCCCACGCGAUGGUUCUACCGGCGAGGAGGACAUGUGA